GGCAGAGAUGGCCGAGAAUUGGAAGAACUGCUUCGAAGAGGAGCUCAUCUGCCCCAUUUGCCUGCACGUCUUUGUGGAGCCGGUCCAGCUGCCCUGCAAGCACAACUUCUGCCGGGGCUGCAUCGGGGAGGCGUGGGCCAAGGAGUCGGGCUUGGUGCGGUGCCCGGAGUGCAACCAGGCCUACAACCAGAAGCCCAACCUGGAGAAGAACCUGAAGCUCACCAACAUCGUGGAGAAGUUCAACUCCCUCAAUCUGGAGAAGCCCCCCUCUGUCCUGCACUGCGUCUUCUGCCGCCGGGGCCCGCCGCUGCCUGCCCAGAAGAUCUGUUUGAGGUGCGAGGCUCCGUGCUGCCAGUCCCACGUCCAGACCCACCUGCAGCAGCCCUCCACGGCCCGGGGGCAUCUCCUGGUGGAGGCAGAGGACGUGCGGGCCUGGAGCUGCCCCCAGCACAACGCCUACCGCCUGUACCACUGCGAGGCCGAGCAGGUGGCCGUCUGCCAGUUCUGCUGCUACUACAGCGGGGCCCACCAGGGACACUCGGUCUGCGACGUGGAGAUCCGCCGCAAUGAGAUCCGGAAGAUGCUGAUGAAGCAGCAGGACCGCCUGGAGGAGCGGGAGCAGGACAUCGAGGAGCAACUCUACAAGCUGGAAUCGGACAAGCGGCUGGUCGAGGAGAAGGUGAGCCAGCUGAAAGACGAGGUGCGCCUGCAGUACGAGAAGAUGCACCAGAUCUUGGAUGAGGACCUGCGGAAGACCAUGGAGAUCCUGGACAAGGCCCAGGCCAAAUUCUGCAACGAGAAUGCGGCCCAGGUUCUGCAUCUCAAUGAGCGCAUGCAGGAGGCCAAGAAGCUCCUCAGCUCUGUCCAGGUCAUGUUUGACAAAACUGAAGACAUCAAUUUCAUGAAGAACACCAAGUCUGUGAAAAUCUUAAUGGACAGGACUCAGAACUGUACAGGUGGCAGCCUGCCCCCACCCAAAAUAGGCCACCUCAACUCCAAACUCUUCCUGAACGAGAUUGCCAAGAAGGAAAAGCAGCUGAGGAAGUUGCUGGAAGGUCCUCUGAGCACCCCCGUCCCCUUCCUGCAGAGUAUCCCCAUGUACCCCUGCACCGUCAGCAACUCCAGCGCGGAGAAGCGCAAGCACUCCACCGCCUUUCCCGAGGGCAGCUUCCUCGAGCCAUCGUCCGGGACUGUGGCGAGCCAGUACAUGAGCCAGGGCGCUUCGGCUGGCGAGGGGCAGUCCGCACAAGCCAUGGUGCCUUGUAGCUCCACGCAGCACAUAGUUGGACUUCCUAGUGGCCCGCAGCCGGUGCACUCGGGCUCCAUCUUCAACCCAUCUCACUACCCCAACACCACGUCAUCUCAGCAGUCCGUGCUCUCCCAGUACGGCGGGCGCAAAAUCCUCGUCUGCUCCGUGGAUAACUGUUACUGUUCCUCGGUGUCCAACCACAGCGGGCACCAGCCCUACCCGCGGUCGGGGCACUUCCCCUGGACAGUCUCAUCGCAGGAGUACUCCCACCCGCUGCCGCCCGCCCCCGCCGUGCCCCAGUCGCUCCCGGGACUUGCCGUGAGGGAAUGGAUUGACGCAUCCCAGCAGCACGGGCGGCAGGAUUUCUAUAGGGUCUACGGCCAGCCAUCGGCCAAACACUACGUCACCAGUUAACCGUCACACUCUCCGGAGAGUCCUGCUCGAUGAUGUGUUCAGAGAGAAAAGUCUGGUUUGGUUUGGCUUUUCUUUUUUUUUCUUCCCCUUUUAAAUCAAACCCAAUUUUUUCCCUGCCUCGCGCCUCUCCAGGAUUUUGGGGAGGGUUGUUCUAUCAUAUCUUUCUCUUUUUUUUUUUUUUAAUCCUUUAAAAAUGAAAAAAUAAUUUUUUUCAUUUUAAUGCCUUUUUUUUAAUUUAAUUUUGGAAGUCCUUCCUGCACCUCGCCGGGUAAACAUGAGGGCGAAAUUACUGAGAAGAAAUUGAUGGGGAUUUCAGUCGGACAUUUGGGUCUGUGCGUUGUGCUCUUCCUCGCUCCUCUCUGCCUUUGGAAAACUUCAGAAGGGACAAUGGCACCUUCUCUCUUUCUCUGAGUUCAUUUUUCUGGUUUGGUUCAGUUUUUCCCCUUUCCCAACCCCUUUCUGUCCCUUUUUAAAAAGAGAAAAAAAAGAAAAAAUCUAUCAUUGAUUCAGUAUGAAACGAUACUUGUAGAUUUUGGGUUUGUUACUUUUUUUUUUUAAAGGCUGAUUUUUUUUUGUGUUACAAUGCCACUUCUCAUGCAUAUUGGCAUUUUUUCCUUCUUUCAGAGAUUUGUAAAUACACAAUGGCAGGAAAUUUAAUGCACAAAAAAAAAGGGAAAAGAAACUUUACAAAAAACCACAAAUAAAUAAAUAAAUAAAAAUCUGUUCUAGUUUUCAGGAGGGGAAGCGUGACCAAAACGCACUCCCCUCCUGCAUAUCGCUGAUGCAACUUCCUGUAACAAGCACUUUGUAUAAAAAAAAAGUGGACUUCCUGCUAUAAGGCACAGGUAUUUAUUCUGUAACCGAUUUUAGACACACACACACACACACACACACACACAUACACACAC